UCGUGGCGGUUUCAAUGCCCCUCAAGGUCCUCCCGCUGAAGUUGUUCCUAUGGGAACCUUCAUGCAAGCCUGCGAAGGCGAGAUGGUCUGCAAAUCUAUCAAUCCCAAGAUUCCGUACUUCAACGCACCCAUUUUCUUAGAAAAUAAGUCACAGAUCGGUAAAGUGGACGAGAUUCUCGGUCCCUUGAACGAAGUUUUCUUCACCGUCAAGAUGCAAGAAGGCAUGGUCGCGACAUCUUUCAAGGUCGACGACAAAGUUUACAUCGGCACUGAUAAGCUUCUUCCCAUUGAACGUUUCUUACCCAAGCCCAAGGUGGCCGGCAAAGCUUCCAAGCGCACCGGUCUUCAAGGGCAAGUUGAAAAGCGUGGUGGUGGCCGUGGCGGUUUUGGUGGCCGUGGCGGUGCACGAGGCGGUCGUGGCGGUCGUGGCGGCUUUGGUGGCCGUGGUGGAGGUCGCGGUGCUCCUCGUGGUGGCCGUGGCGGUUUCGGUGGUGGCCGUGGCGACUUUGGUGGCCGUGGUGGAGGACGUGGCGGUCGUGGACGCUUCUAAAUUACCAUGUAUCAACCCUGAACGAUUCAAACCUCGAUAUAGAAAAACCAUUCCUCCAAAAAACCAAAAAAAUAAUAAUUGUCAUUCUUUUGCAAUCAGUUACAAUUCGCAUGUAAAUAAAAAUGUGGUAAAAGAAAUUGAUCCACCAACAACCCAUCGUCGACAUGAAAUGCCAAACUGUGAACUCUGUGGAGCAACGCUUGACGUUGCAUGUCAAAUUUUGUCACCAUCAAUUUGAA